AACGACUGCUAACGCAUACACAUCGCCAAUUUGGGCAUUUUCUCGCAUGUAAAUUGCAAAUUGUGCUUGCAUUUUUCGCGUUUUCCCGCGCACACAAUCCUUCGGUAGCCGUAAAAUUAAUGCGCCCAAUAGUAAAAGAGCAGUAGGCAUGGACGAAGAUUAUUCGGCGUCAUCUUCGGCCGGCGGUGGCAAGAAGGCCGGCAAGCAGCACAACACGCUGCCCUUUUGGGGCAACGAAUCCUCGAUGAACCUGAAUGCCCUGAUCCUGGCCAACAUCCAGAGCUCCAGCUACUUCAAAGUCCAUUUGUUUAAACUGAAAACGUACCAUGAAGUGGUCGACGAGAUCUACUACCAGGUGAAGCAUAUGGAGCCCUGGGAGCGUGGAUCCCGCAAAACGUCCGGACAAACGGGCAUGUGCGGCGGUGUGCGAGGCGUUGGCGCCGGCGGCAUUGUGUCAACGGCAUAUUGCCUGCUCUACAAGCUAUACACGCUGCGGCUGACCCGGAAGCAGAUCAACGGACUGCUCAAUCAUACAGACUCGGCCUACAUCCGGGCACUAGGUAGGUGUUGGUAAGUCGCAUGAGUUCAGCCGUCACAUAUGCCGUCGCUUGCUCCUGCUCCCCCAGCUCACCAAACGAAACCAAACCACACCAUACAUCACCCCAAAUUUGAAAAAAAAAAAUAAGAAAAAAGAAAAUAAAAUACAUGAAGCAGGGUGGGUCGAUUUGGACGGUUGCAAACUAUAAUAGAGAAUCUUGGCGGAUGGUAUUCUAUGGAUUGAACAACAAUCACGUUUCCUUUUCGAUUUCAAGUUGUGCCUUUUGCGAGAAGAGGACCUAGCAUCUCCUUGCAUCUGCCUGCGAAGGCUUUAUGUACUUGCGAUACACGCAGCCGCCGGGUGACCUUUACGACUGGUAUGAGGACUAUUUGCAGGACGAGGAGGAGAUCGACGUGAAAGCGGGCGGCGGCCAGGUCUUAACCAUCGGACAGAUGGUUUAUCAGUUUAUGACCAAGCUGGACUGGUUCUCCACGCUCUUUCCGCGCAUCCCCGUGCCGAUUCAAAAGCAGAUCGAGAAGAGGAUCGAGCAAUACUGUAGGGAGCAGGGGGUGACCGUCCAUCAGUUGAGCACGGGUCGGUCAACGGCGGGCACUGGUGGUGGUCCUGGAGCCGCUGGCCAGGAUGCGGACUACCAGGACUAUCCGGAGGGAGGAGUAGAGCGUGGAAGCGGCGGACGUGGCGGUGGACAAGCUGGCUCCCGUUCCAACGCCUACCCACAACCGAAUAACUACCGCAACGAUUAUGACGAGCGUGACUACUAUGCUGCCGCGUCUGGCUCGUCCUACGGCCGUGGUCGCGGUGGCUAUGAGGACUACCCACCGGCGCCGCUGCCACCACAGAUGCCUUACGGCGAGCGCGAAAGGGAGAGGGAUCGCGAUCGGGAUAAGAAUAAGGAUUACGACCGCCACCGCAGCAAGCACAAGAAGAAGCACAACCAUAGACAAAGCUCGCGUAGCCGCAGCAGAAGCCGCAGCCGGAGUCGCCACCGCUCCGAGCGCCAUGAGCGCAAGCGGGACGGUGGUGGCUACGAGCGGAGCAGCAAGAGCCGGCACAACGAACACUAUGAAGAGCGUGAGCGACGUCAUCGGUGAAGACCGAUUCCACCCACCAAAACUAGCCUCCUCCUCCUUAAGUUGUUCUGUUACUAACUAACUUUGUUUCACCAUAGUACUACUACACAUUUUUUUUUAAUUUGUCAAACUCUAUCUACACUUUGGAAGCCACGAACGUCAGUUGCGCUUCUUACUCAGGUUAAACACUCUCCGAAACCCCGAAAUGUUCCAUAACUAACACUAAAUCUAGACACAAUCACAUGCGGACACAGCAGCAAGGCUAUAUUUUGUAAUUUGUGACUACACUUACGCUGAUAAAAUAGUUUUCAAGUUGUGUUUAUGAAAAUAAAGUCAAAACUUAUUUGUUUAAAACGUU